AUUAUAAUUGAGGUUUUGUUUUGAUUAAAAUAUUAAAAAGUAAAUUUAUUGUAUUUAUAGAAAUUUUAAAAUUUAGAUUUCGAUAUUAUUGGAUAAUAGAAAAUAAAAAAAAAAAAUAGUAAAAUAAAUAAUAUAGAAAAAAAUGGCUAAAAAUAUAGAACAACAGCAACUUUUUUUGAUGGAAUUUUUGGUUGAUCGUGUUAAUGUACCAGCUGUCAGAGCAAUGCAUGAUGAAAUUAUGCCAGCAUUAACUUGUGUUUCAUUUCAAAUUUUAAGCUUGCCAUUAAUAACAAUUCAUCAAGAUGAGCCAUCAACAACAGAUUGUAAUUGUACUGAAGAAAGCCAAUUAUUUAAAAAAGGAAAAUCAUGUUUAUUUGCAUUACCAACAAUUGUUCUUGAAAAACCAUUACAUUCAUUUCCAGUUACAAUGUCAAUAUAUAAAAAAUUACCACCAGGUAUAUUACCAGAUGUUAUGUUAAUUGGAAGUUGUCAAAUUGAAACAAAAAAUCUUAUUAAUCAUUUAUUAAAUAAACAUACAUUUAAAAGUGGAAAUCCUUGUAAAUCAUUACGUGAUACAUUCAAAAUAACAACUGCAACUGGUCUACAUGUUGGUGAAGCAACAAUAUUUUUACGUGCAUCAUGUUUUGGUUCAAAAAUAGUAACAAAUUUUCAAAUACCAAAAAAUAAAAAACCUUAUUUAUUUAAAGGAUUAUUAGGAAGUCCAGUUUAUCAAUGUCAAAAAGUACCAUCUGUACUUGAUAUAACAUCAUCAUCAUUUAAAAAAAAUACUUAUGAUCAUAGAAAACUUGAUGAAAGCCAUCAAAAUGUAAAAUUAAAUUAUCAAACCAAUUGUUGUUCAUCUGGAUCACCACCACCACCACCAACAACUCCAAAUAGAGCAUAUGAAUAUUCUAAUCAAAAUCCUCGACCAUGCUGUCCAGGAUUAUACAACAAAAAUAAUUAAACAUUUUUAAAUAAAUAAAGAAAAAAAAAGCUUUAAAAAGUCCAACAAAUUCAUACUGAUAAAUUUUCCAAUUUAAAACAAAUAAAUAAAUAAAUUUUAUUACUC